AUGCACAACCACCGGCAGUUGCGGUGGCAUUGGGCAGUUGUGUCUGCGGUGCUUGUUGUGGUUUACAGCGUGGUGGGCGUCUUUGGUGGCCUGUGCUUCGCCAAGCAGAUGAAGCAGCGCGGGCACCUGUGGCAGCGACUCUUCUACCUCUUCCUCAUGCUCGGAUGUGGCGGGCGUGUGGUCUACUUUGGCAUUCUCGAGUAUAUCACCGUUGCCGAUGCCCGCAUACCUACCUCUCUGCUCUUUGUGGCCAACACCGUCUCGCCCUUUCUCUUCUUCUCGGCCUUUCUCAUCCUCCUCUUCCUCCUCGUCGAGAUCUACCACGGCGAGCUUCGCCACGCCCGGCUCUUUGUCACCCUCAACGUGAUGAUGUACGCUACCUACGGUGCGUGCGUCAUCACCAACUGCAUCAUUGCUCGCAACGACGGCUACAACGAGGACCGCCGGUCGACAAAGCUGGAGAACGCCGUCAUUGUCUCGUCGGCGUCCAUGUAUCUCAUCACUGCCGCCUGCUUUGCCGUCUACGGCGCACGCCUUCGUGUCGUCAUCCGCAAGCUCGCCCUCAACAAGAUCCGCACCCAGCUGCUCUUCAAGAUCACGUCCAUCGCCACUGUGGUGACCGUCUUCUUUGUCAUUCGCUCGGGCUUUGUCCUCUACGCCAUGAUCCACCAGCACGUCAACCUCGACUGGUGGUUCGUCGGCCUCUACUACAUCAUUCUCGAGGCUACCCCCAUGGUCUGUAUGCUCUACAUUCUCCGCCGCCACUCGCUCUCCAACCCGGGCUACGAGUCGUCGUCGGGCAAGCUCAUCGUCAACCAGCGCGAGAAGCACCCCGCCCAUGCGCCCGGCCCGUCCGUCUCCCAACCUCUGCCCGCCCGCCCGCCUGCAUCAUCUGCUGCCGCCCGUCUGUCCACCGGCUCGGUGGAGAAGUGA